AUGACAUGGAAGUUUCUCCUAAUCAAAUCGGGGGAACAAGUUUGGACCUCCUUCUCCUACGUUAGAAACUUAUUUGCUGGUUCGGUACUAAGUAGACUAGUUACGAUGAUUGCCUCUCCCCUUUUCUUCAUGUGUCAACCAAAAAAUGUAGCUAUUUUAAAGCAGCCUCUUUCUUUGAAACCUUCUGAUGAUCUUAUGGACCUGAUUACCUUUUUUGAUGAUACACAAGAAACUAGCAGUGAUGAAGAGCACAGUGAUCUGGAGACUGACAUUGCUUUCUCUCUUCCUCAUGCAACCAUAAAUGAUAUGAUAAACAUUCAGAUUGAAGGGUUUUCAAAGAUGGCUGAGGACAGCGUUGCAUCUCGUGGUUUUUCCUCUGCUGAGUAG